UGCUGAACUCUGUCAGUGGCUGGCGAUUCGUCGAGGCGUCAGGUUUACUUUUAAAUUCAUUUUGAUAAUGUGUACGUGUAUUUAUCACUGUGUUGAGUGCCGUAGUCACUUGGGAGCCACUCAAACCACGUGCGUCGUUUGACAUUUGACGAUGAAAAUUUCAUAAUGACAUACUAACUCCACAAUAAAUUCCAAAAAAAUCUUAAUUUUCUAAUUAUUGGAAAAAAAGAAAUUUUUCAAAAAAAAAAAAAAUCCACAAAAAUUUAUUGUGAUAUUUUUGUCGGACAUGAUGACAAUAUCAGUGAAAAGUGUCACAUUCCAAACAAGGCAACAACAUCAAAUAAAAUUUCAAAAAUUGUUGAGAAAAAAAAAGAAUGGGUGUCGAAAAUUAAAAUUGGAAUGGAAAAAUAUUGAAAAUAGAAAUCAAAUUGACCUUGAGGAUUAAAAAAAAAAAAAAAAAAAAAGAAAAAAAAUAUUCUUGGAGAAAAAGUAACGGUAUUUUGGCGAACGGAAGUUGUGGCGGGGAGACAACGCAACGACAACAACAACAACAACGAAGAAGAAGAAGACGACGACAACGACGACGACGACGGAAAAGAGUGAGAAAAAGAAGUGGGGGGUGUAAAAGAGAGAGAGAGAGAGAGAAUAAAGUAGAGAUUCUGGGCACGCGCAGUCCACCUGCUGGCGUGUAGUGGCACGCGCCGUCUACCUCUCCCUCUUCUUGGCUCCUCGCCGGUUGAGGGUACCCCUCUCACUCUCUUUCGCUUGGUGUAUACUGGACCCCUCCUCCUCCUCCACCCUUCACGCGUGCCACACGACAGCCGCGAGCCAGGACGCGCGGGAGUCAAUUGCCCGCGGACUUGGACAGGGCGAACACUGGCAAAAAAAAAAAAAUUCUUUUUCGUCUUCUCUAUUUCUCUCCCAAUUCUCCUUUAACUUCAAUUUUUAUCUUUCUUCACUGCUCCUCGACUCCUUUUUCUUCACCAUAUUUAUUUAUUUUUUUACCCUCCUUUCUUCACUGUUUUCUUUCCUCCUUUUUUCCAAAAAAAAAUGAGGGGGAGGGGUUUUUUUUCAAUGCAUCACAUGACUUGCACCAAAAGAGGUGGGGAAAAAAAAAUGGUGCAUAGUAAAUAGAGUGUAAGAACAUCCAAACGUAAAUGUGAUUUUAGUUACAUAUUUGGAACUAAUUAAAUGAUAAAAUGAAUCGAAGAAAUGUGCGGGAGAAUUACUGUUGCCGCGUGUGGGACCGUCGGGAGACCACCUGUUGAUGUUGUUCAGACGGAGUUAUUAUUUUUGUUAUUAUUAUCAUCAUCAUCAUCAUCAAGAAGAACUGAAUCUUGGGAAUUUUUGUGGAAAAUGAAAUUAUCUAAUUUUAUAAUUGGAACUUGAAAGGGCCUAGGGUGGGGAGAAUUAUUAGUUUUUUUCAUGGGGGGGGAAUUGAUUUAACAAUCGAAAAAAAAAAGUGGUGGUGGGCAAAAAUAGAGAGUGCGAGGUGUGAUUUAAACAUGCGAAGAAAAAGUUAUUGGUCCCUAUUGUGGACCAUGGCCUAGGGCUGAAAAAUUAUCUUCAUUUUAGGAAAUCGAAAAAAAAUUUUUUUUUUUUUUUUUUUUUUUUUUUGAUACUCGCCAGGGCAACUGUACGUCGCCUGGAAUGAUGCAGCAAAAAUUCUUAAAGAGGACGACAGAAGAUUUGGAGCCAUCGGGGGGUGGUGGUGGCGAUGGAACAUUUGGUGAGCCACCAGUUAAAUUGCAAUGUACACAGGGACAGCAUCAACAUCAGCAGGCACCAGGUGGUGGUUCACAUUUGGGUCAUGGUCCACAUUUAACUGGAAAUGGUACCAAUCCCACGGGGCAACAACAAGCCAGCAGUGGUGGUGGUGGUGGAGGAGGUGGAAAUGGAGGUACAGCCGGUAAUGAGGGUCUUACGAAAUUUUCAGUGGAAAUUGUCCAACAAUUGGAAUUCACCACAUCGGCUGCUAAUUCACAGGCACAACAAAUUUCAACAAACGUAACGGUUAAAGCAUUAACAAAUGCCUCAGUGAAAAGUGAUUUAGUGAAUUCAUCAUCAUCACCAAAACCCGGUCCCGAUUCUCAAUCGACAAAUGCACCAAGGCCACAAAAUCCAUCUGGUGGAGGUGGAGGUGCUGGCAGUAUUGGUUGCGUUGAUAUUGGUAAUUUAGUUGAAUGUAAACAAGAACCGGACAAUGAAUUUGUUGAUCUUGAACAAUGUGCCGCUGCAUUAGAAAAAGAUGCCGCUGCAAAUGGCGCUGGUUUUCCUGGUUUUUCUGAUUUUAUUGGCGAUGAUACUGGUGAUGAAAUAAUUACCUCCGAUGCAUUUAAAGAUCUUAUUUCUGAAAUAUCCGAUUUUCAUCCUGAAUUCAUGAAGGACUUUGAUUUUGAGGACAAGAGUGUUGAUGCACUUGCAAAUAGUGCAAUUAACGAUGUACCAAAUAAUGGACAAAUAAAAAUUGAAGACGAUAAAGAUUCAAUUCAUCAUCAUCCAAGUAAUGGUAAUGCAAAUAAUGUUGUAUCAAAUUCUAGUCCUGGAAAUCUUGGCUCAUCGCAAUAUUCACCGGCAAGACUUCCAUAUUCAGGUUUAUCAGAAAUGAGUCCAGCGGCUCAAACACUUAAACAAAUGGCUGAACAACAUCAACAUAAAAGUCAACAAAUGGGACUCGGUGGUUUUAAUCCAAAUUCAACGGCAUCAAGAGGACCAACAUCAAGAUCGCCAUACGCUGAAUUCACACAAUUUGGUGGUCCCACUGAUUAUCUUGGUAGUCCAAGCAACAAUGUCACACAGUCUUCACAAAAUCAAAAUACACCAAACAGUGGGAAUUAUCAUAAAAAUAAUGGUAAUCAAGGAUUUCAAAAUCAGCAGACAAAUGAUAUAUUUGCUCAACAACAAUUUGCAAGUUUAGCUGAUAUGAAAAGGCCACAGCCAGGUGGUGGUAAACCAAAUAUGCUUGCACCAACCGGUGGUUAUAAGCAACAGUAUUCGCCUUAUGGAAGUCCUGGUUCAAUGCCAAAUCAUGGAAGUCCUGGUUAUCCUCUACCACCAAGAGGGACACCAGGUGCUGGUCCCAAUCAACCUGGUUCACAAGGACCAUUCACUAGUUCCACACCACCUAGACCACCUUCCGGUUCGGGGACUUCCACAUUGCAAAUCAAUCAAGCGCAACAAUUGCACAUCACAAAUCCUGGUCAUCAAAUUCAGGUGUCUGCGGGACAACAUAUGCAGUUAACGGGUGAUUUGAAGCCUGGCGUGUCUGUUGCUGCUCAGCAAGGAAUGUACUUCAGUCAACAGCAGGCGCAAAAUCAGACGGGUCCAGGUGGACAGGCCGAUUCCUAUUGUACAGUGUCGCAAUCGCAAACGAUAAACUUCACGCAGCAAAGUAUUAGACAAAGGGCGGCGGCAGCUGCAGCGGCCGCAGCAGCCGCUGGUGGUGUUCCACAAUCGGCUGGUGCACCAGGAGGACCUGGAGCACCAGGGGCACCGGGGGCGCGGAAUCAUCCUCAACAGGUGCCUCAAGGUCAAGUUGUUGAUCAACAUCAGCAUGCAAAACUUCUUCAACAACAACAAAUGAUGCGCGCUCAACAGGUGAUGCAGCAACAACAGCAGCAGCACAUGGCAGGAAGUAUGGGAGGUGUAAGGCCACCGCCUCCGGAGUAUAAAGCAGCGGCUCAAGCGCAAAUGAUGCAUGCAGGAAUGGGAAUUGGUCAACAGGCCAGGUUUCCCAAUGCUGGUACAAUGCGUAGAGUUACGCAGCAACCUAUGCCACCUUCGGGUCCAAUGAUGAGGCCCCAAAUGGCACAACAACAACAACAGCAACCACAACAGCAGCAGCAGCAGCAGCAAACGUUACAUGCAGCUGGUGGCAAUAUGUAUAUGGGAGGUGGUGGAAUGGCCGCAAUUGGAGGUAUGCAUCAAAUGCAUCAGAGGCUAGGAUAUCCGAGAACCAAUAAUCAACGGCCGCCGAAUGUCAGUGUAGGACCAACAGAUAAUAUAGGCAAUAGUAUCGCUGGCCGUGGAGCUCAGCAGGAAUGGCGGCAUCUUUUAAUGCAGCAGCAAAAUUUCCAAGCUCAAAUGCGACCACAAUUCAAUCAACAGGGACAUCAAGGUGGCUUUGGUAUGGGAAAUACGGGAGGAAUGCAGAUGAAUGCAGCACAAAUGCAACAUCAACAACAACUUCAAAGAUCUCAAAGUGGCGGUAUGGGUGGAACUGGUAUGCCCAACAAUUCACAAAUGCAACAAUUGUUGACGCAACAACAUCAACAGCAGACCCUUGUGAUGCAACAAAACAAUAAUCAGAUGUCCAUGCAGAUGCAAAUGUCGCAAUCGAGUUCUGUAACUAGCACGGGAACUGGUUCACCGAUGCAUCCACAUCAGCAAUACGGUGGUGGAAGUCCAGGUGUUCGAGGUCUACCUCAACAACAACAACAACAACAGCAACAACAUUCUCAGCCCUCACAACCAGAUCCAUCGAUAGGAACAGCGGACUUUAAUUUUGAUCUUUUGGACAAUUUGCCUACUGGUGAUGCAGCCAAUUUUAGUGCCCAGGAACUUCUUAAUUCGCUAGAUCAAACUGCUGGUUUUAAUCUCGACAUUCUGUAAAAAAAAAAGAAAGAGAAAAGAACGUGUGAAGGGAAUCCAAAACUUGAAUAUUCUUCUGAGAUUUCCCAAGAAUUUACCCUUCCGAAAAAAAAAAAACAAUUGCCAUUGGUUCUCUUUGUGACAAUGAGUGUUUUCACUCCAACAUAGAGAGAAUUCAUAAAUUCUCUUCACUGCUGUUUAAGCAGCAAUAUUCUCAAUCUUGAUAUUUUUUUUUUUUUUAAGAUUGAGACGCAACUUGUUAUGUGAUUAAAUGCGAUUUUUAUCGAAAGAGAGAGAAAUAGAGGAAAAAAUAUUGUAUAUGGUACUUGCGAUACACUCGAUUUUGUCAAGUGUUUCUUCUUCUUCUUCUUCUUAGAUAAUCGCGAUUUUAGUAAAAUUUAUCUUGCCGCGAUAUUUACGCGUUAGCAAUUUUGUGCGUAAUCACGGAUGAUAUGUAAUAAUAACCCGUUAAAAAAAAAAAAAAAAAUGAAUUCUCAUUUUCUUCGCACGGGUGCGAUGAUGUAGGUAAAAAAAAAAAGUUGUCCGAACCCAGAAGGUUGCGGUGUCGAAUUUUAUUUCAGUUUUUUAUUUUUUUUUUUUUUUACAAAUUUUCCCUUUUUUUUCUAACGCAUGAAUAUUCCCUACAUUGAAGUUAUUAGAAUUUUUUGUGAAUUCAAAAUUAUCGAAUUUAUAUUUAACAGAAGUUUAGGAAAUUUCACUAAGGAGAAUUUUAAUUUAAACUUUUUCGUCUGCUAAACGCAAAACGCAUGCGCCGAAUUACGCGGUCUUUUUUUUGAAUUUUAUGUUUUUGUAUUACGAGUUGAUUAAGUAUAUUCACAUUGAAAAUCACAAACUUAACCUAAAAUAUUUAUUAAUCUAAAGUCCCUUCUUUCGUGGAGUGUCACUCAUUUAAAAAAAUAUUCAAUCAAAAAUCUAUUUUAUAAAAUUCUCUUAAAUUCGAUAAUUUUUAAUUCAACAUCGCAAAAAAAAAAAAAAUUCUUAUCAAUGUAGGGAAUAAUUUUGCUUUUUCAUUUAGAAUACUUCAUUGCGGUGAUAACGAACAAUAUAAUUACAAUAUUCCAGUAAAUUAUUUCCUAUUUUUUUUUUUUUUUAGUGAAAAAGACAAUUUUUUGAAAACAAAACAAUAAUUUUUUCACGCACUUAAAAUCGAUGAUCAAAAAAUUUAAAAAAUGAAAAAUUAUUUAUUGAAAAUUUAAUUUCAAUUUAAGUUAGAAAUUUUUUUAAUAAAAUGUGAUUGAUAGAAAAUUUGUAAAUAAAAA